AUGGGAGCCACUUCUCCGAGGAGCCGGGAGCCUCUCCUGCCGCCAGCGUUCCCUACCUUCUGUCCCGGAGGAGCCCUCCUGGCGGUUCUGGUGCUGCUCGCGCUGCCGGCGGCCUGGGGUCAGUGCCAAUCCCCGGUGCACCUUACAUUUGCCAUGCCUACAGAACUGAUUGACAAAGAUGAGUUUCCUGUUGGGACAUCUUUGAAGUAUAAAUGCCGCCUUGGUUACUACAGAAGAGUGUUCUCUAUCACCUGCCUGCAAAACUCUGUCUGGUCAAGCCCUGAAAACAACUGUAGGCGUAAAUCAUGUGGAUCUCUCCCAGAGCUCAUAAAUGGCAAAAUGGACAUCAACAAAGACACCCAGUUUGGAUCAACUGUUAAUUAUUUUUGUAAUGAAGGAUACCGACUCAUCGGUAAAUCCUCUGCUGCAUGCGUCAUCUCUGGCAACUCUGUCACCUGGGAUAAUGACCCACCUAUUUGUGAGA